AGGAGUUUGCAGCACUUACUAAGGAGCUCAAUAUCUGCCGGGAGCAGCUUCUGGAACGGGAGGAAGAAAUAGCUGAACUGAAGGCCGAGAGAAACAAUACUCGGCUCCUCUUGGAACAUCUGGAGUGUCUGGUUUCACGGCAUGAGCGCUCUCUGCGAAUGACAGUGGUGAAGCGGCAGGCUCAGUCUCCAGCAGGAGUGUCGAGUGAAGUUGAAGUUUUGAAAGCACUAAAGUCCCUCUUUGAACAUCACAAAGCUUUAGAUGAAAAGGUGAGAGAACGGUUACGUGUAGCUCUGGAGAGAUGUAGCUUGUUAGAAGAAGAGCUGGCGGUAACACACAAAGAGCUUAUGAUUUCUCGAGAACAGAACAAUCAAAAGAAGAUAUAUAAUGAUGUGACCGGGGACCAGAACCAAGAUCAAGAAAAUGCACCAAACACUAAUGGGAAGAGAUCAUCCGAUGACUCUUUAAAUCACAACGAAGACCUAUCGAAAGUGAUGGAGCUCCAGGAUGUGAUCGAUAGACAAGCCAAGGAGCAAAGCCAGAUGAAGGAACGUCUGGCUGUCCUGUCCAACAGGGUCACUGAGCUGGAGGAAGAUCUCGACACGGCAAGGAAAGAUCUCAUUAAAUCAGAAGAGAUGAACACAAAACUGCAGCGGGACGUACGAGAGGCCAUGGCUCAGAAAGAAGACAUGGAGGAGAGAAUAACGACCCUUGAAAAACGCUACCUCGCCGCACAGCGUGAAGCCACAUCUGUGCACGACCUCAAUGACAAACUUGAAAACGAAAUCGCUAAUAAAGAAUCGGCACUAAGACAGAGUGAAGAAAAGAAUCGGCAGAUCCAGGAGCGGCUUGAAUUGGCAGAACAGAAACUUCAGCAGACAAUACGGAAAGCAGAAACCUUGCCUGAGGUGGAAGCGGAACUGGCACAGAGAGUGGCUGCUCUUUCUAAGUCUGAGCUUUUGUCUUCGGGAAAGCCUCCUGCUAAGGAAUCUAAGCUGUUGGGACUUGCGCCCGUGCCUAGGAAGGCGGAAGAGAGGCAUGGCAAUAUUGAGGAGAGGUUACGACAAAUGGAAUCUCAGCUGGAGGAGAAAAACCAGGAGCUGCAAAGGGCCCGACAGAGAGAGAAGAUGAACGAGGAACAUAAUAAGCGUUAUCUGAAACUGUGGACAAGCUUCUGUCAGAGUCAAAUGAGAGGCUACAACUUCACCUCAAGGAGAGGAUGGCAUCUAUAGAAGAUAAGAAUGCCUUAAUUAGAGAUGUGGAAUCUGCCAAGAAACUCAUUGAGGAAAUCCAGCAUGAAAAGGAUCAGCUAGUGCUUGAAAUAGAAUCACUGAGAGCCGAAAAUGAGCAAGUCAGGAUACGGGCAGCAUCCCUUCACCAUAGCCGGCCUCACCUUGGCAGUGUGCCCGACUUUCGAUAUGCUCUUGCUCCUUCCUCUUUAUCCGACAGCCACUCAGACUCUUAUAGUUCUGCAAUGGUUCUACGAAGGCCGCAAAAAGGACGGUUGGCUGCUCUUCGCGAUGAGCCCUCAAAGUAGGUACAGACUCUUAAUGAGCAGGACUGGGAACGAGCCCAGCAAGCUAGUGUACUAGCUAAUGUAGCCCAAGCUUUCGAGAGUGAUGUCGAUAUAUCUGAUAUGGAGGACGACAGAGACACCAUUUUCAGCUCUGUGGAUCUUCUUUCCCCUUGUGGCCAGGCAGACGCUCAAACGCUCGCGGUUAUGUUGCAGGAGCAAUUAGAUGCCAUUAAUAAGGAAAUCAGAUUGAUUCAGGAGGAGAAGGAGACGACUGAGCAGAGAGCUGAAGAGAUCGAGUCUAGGGUGGGCAGUGGCAGUUUAGAUAACCUUGGACGGUUCCGGUCGAUGACCUCUAUUCCCCCCUCUUUCCCUGGCUCUACUCUUGCUGGCUCCUCCCCACCUGGAAGUGGGCGCUCCACUCCCAGACGAAUGCCUCACAGUCCUGCCCGGGAAGUGGACAGGCUAGGUGUUAUGACCUUGCCUAGCGAUUUAAGGAAAUACCGUAGAAAGCCUCCAGGUACUGAUUCUCGAGAUGACAAGACUACAAUACGAUGUGAGACUUCCCCUCCUUCCUCUCCCAGAUCUUUGCGACUAAGCUCAGUUCAUAAAGGAGCAUUGCACACUAUGAGCCAUGAGGACAUCCGAGACAUUAGAAAUUCUACAGGAUCACAGGAUGGUCAAGUAAGCAAUCCCAGUAGCAGUAACAGCAGCCAAGACUCUCUCAAUAAAGCCCCAAAGAAGAAAGGAAUAAAGUCAUCCAUUGGUCGGCUUUUCGGCAAAAAAGAGAAGGGUCGGCCUGGACAACUGGGGAAAGAAACUCUUGGGCCAGGUGGAAUUCCAGAGUUUGAGAGCACAUCCCAAGAAUCUCUUGGACUGGCAAAGCUGGGAGGUCAAACUGAGAAGAACCGAAAGCUACAGAAAAAGCACGAGCUCUUGGAAGAGGCACGGAGACAGGGCUUGCCAUUUGCACAGUGGGAUGGUCCAACCGUGGUUGUCUGGUUGGAGCUUUGGGUCGGGAUGCCUGCCUGGUACGUGGCUGCCUGUCGGGCCAAUGUGAAGAGUGGGGCAAUAAUGUCUGCUUUGUCAGACACUGAAAUCCAGAGAGAGAUCGGUAUCAGUAACCCACUUCACAGGCUAAAGCUGAGACUAGCUAUCCAGGAGAUCAUGUCUUUAACCAGUCCAUCAGCUCCUCCAACCUCGAGAACGUCCACGGGAAAUGUCUGGGUUACUCAUGAAGAGAUGGAAACUCUCACAGCCUCUCCACAAACGCAGGAAGAUGAGGAGGGAAGCUGGGCUCAGACCCUCGCAUAUGGCGACAUGAAUCAUGAGUGGAUUGGUAACGAGUGGUUGCCUAGCUUGGGCCUGCCUCAGUACCGAAGUUAUUUUAUGGAGUGCCUUGUUGAUGCUAGAAUGCUGGACCAUUUGACAAAGAAGGACCUCCGUGGACAGUUGAAAAUGGUGGACAGCUUUCACAGG